GGAAAAAAAAAAGAGGGACAAUUUUGACAAAGAAAAAUGAACGAAAUAGCUUAGGUCCUUAGGAGAAUUUUUGUAUGAAGCUUGAGAGCUAAUUUCUCCGUGAAUUUAUCUCGUCGACUUUUCUCAGAAAAAAAAAGUUUGAAACUUUAUUGGUCUCUCUGGUCAAAAUUUGGUUUGGUUGAGCGCACCGACGACAAUCGCAUUAAGCUCUUUUGUCAAAUUGGGAUCUGGCCGCAAUCAUUAAUACCAACUCUUCUCCUUUUGUGCUGGCUCUUGUUUUCUCGAAACGUGUAAUCAUCUGGAGGCACAUUGUCGAAGCUUUUAUUGAAUUGGCCUCGUUCAGCGAAAUUGCGUCGAAGUCAGCUCCAAAAUUCUAGAAUUUCGAUCAGGGUUGUUGAUUUUUUUUUUUGUUCUGUGUGUUAAAAGUUUCGAUCUUGAUCGAAUUUCAGCAGAAGGGUCUGCAUUGAAAAGCUGUAAAAUCGUCCUACUGUUAUAUUGGCGAAUUUGAUCUGUAAGUUUUGGCCUUUUUGGAGUAUCUGAUGAAAUGAGAAGCAAUAGAUAUGCUUGGAAUGAUUCGAGGAGGAAUGGGUAAUCAGAAUUGGGCUCGUUUAGUUUUUUGGUUGAUUCUGCUUUCUGGGUUCUUGGUGAUCACCUUGGAAGAGAAUUCAGAAAAAGAUGAGACUUUUCGAAGUCAAUUCAUGGCUCCAUCAACAGGGGAGGUCAAUGAACACAUGGUAGAAACAGCAUGGGCGCAGCGUUGUUGGCAAGAUUCAGAUUGUGUGAAGGAAGCUGUCACAGUAUUCAAUUUAUGUUUCACAGGAUCAAAUGAUAUUUGGGAGCUAUUUGAUUUGAAGCAUUCCCAUCUGAAGCAGACUCUUCUUGACUGUAUCCAAGUACAAGGAAAGUUAAAUGGUCAUAACCUCAAGUAUCUCGAGCUCUCAUCAUCUAUGCUUGAUACUCCGAGGAGAAAUCUAGCUUCUAAACCUGUCUCAUCCCUUUCUCCUUCCCCUUCCCCUUCUCCUGCCCGUCCUCCUAAGCGUAGUCGACGCCCACCAAGAUCUCCAUCUCCGCGGAGUUCAUUUUCUCCACCGUCGAGAUCCCCUCCUCCUUCUCCUGCUAAGAAAAACGGUUCUAAAAACUCAACUUCAGGACCUGCUUCAUCUGCCAAAAGAAAAGAGGACCAUCAGAAUACAAUCAUCAUCGCGGUUGUUGUGACUGCAGUUUCAACGUUCUUGCUUGCUGCAUUGUUCUUCUUAUGCUGCACCAGGGUUUGUGGAAAAGGUUCAGGACGCAGGAAAAACGAUGAACGGCCUCUCCUCAGUUUAAGCAGUAGUGAUUACUCUGUUGGUUCCUCCCUCAACUAUGGUGGUGGUUCUGUCAAAGGAGAUAAACUGGGUCAUCAAUCUUUUAACAUAUACUCAAACCAAGGAAAAAUGACGUCUUUCGAUGGAAGUAACUCUGACAAUUCGGAUUCGUUAGAAGAAAGGUUGUCACACGAAGGGAUACGUAAUAAUGGUAUCAGCAAUCACGGGAUUCCGCCUUUGAAGCCUCCACCUGGAAGAAUAGCUUCUGUACUUUCAGGGAGGCCUCCUUCUGGAAAAGUGGAGCCUCUUCCACCGGAACCACCCAAAUUCCUUAAGGUAUCCUCAAAAAAGGUUUCUCAGGCUUCUCCUCCACCGCCGCCAGCUCCAGCACCAGCACCAGCACCAGCACCAGCACCGCCAAUGCCAUCUUCUGCUGGUCCUCCACGACCACCUCCUCCUGCUCCUCCACCUGGUUCUGGUGGGCCUAGGCCACCACCUCCUCCUGGACUAAAAGGACCACGUCCACCUCCACCGAUGAGCCUGGGACCGAAAGCUCCCCGACCGUCUUCUGGGCCAGCAAAUUCAUCAGAUGAUGAUGCUCCCAAAACAAAGCUGAAGCCAUUUUUCUGGGAUAAAGUGCAAGCGAAUCCAGAGCAUUCAAUGGUUUGGAAUGAUAUAAGAUCCGGAUCAUUCCAGUUCAAUGAAGAGAUGAUAGAGUCGUUAUUUGGAUAUGCAGCUGCAGACAAGAAUAAAAACGAAAAGAAGGGUGGCUCUGGACAAGCUGCUUCACCUCAGUUUGUUCAAAUUCUUGAACCAAAGAAAGGACAAAAUCUAUCGAUUCUCUUGCGUGCUUUGAAUGCGACAACUGAAGAAGUGUGUGAUGCCCUUCGUGAAGGAAAUGAGCUUCCUGUAGAAUUCAUCCAGACUCUGUUAAAGAUGGCACCAACACCAGAAGAAGAAUUAAAGCUUAGAUUAUACUGUGGUGAAAUAGCUCAACUUGGAUCAGCUGAACGAUUCCUGAAAGCAGUAGUUGAUAUCCCUUUCGCUUUCAAGCGUCUAGAGGCACUUCUAUUUAUGUGUACACUCUAUGAAGAAAUGGCCUUUGUAAAAGAGUCGUUUCAGACAUUGGAGGUUGCUUGUAAAGAACUUAGGGGAAGCCGGCUGUUCCUGAAGCUCCUAGAGGCGGUUCUUAAGACCGGAAACCGAAUGAAUGAUGGUACAUUUAGGGGCGGUGCUCAAGCUUUCAAGCUGGACACUCUUUUGAAAUUAGCAGACGUGAAGGGAACUGAUGGGAAAACAACGCUCCUCCAUUUCGUUGUUCAAGAGAUAAUCAGGACUGAAGGUAUGAGAGCUGCGCGUACUAUCAGAGAGAGCCAAAGCUUCUCUAGUGUCAAAACAGAGGAUCUGAUGGCAGAGGAAACCUCUGAAGAGAUGGAAGAGAAUUACCGCAAUCUUGGGCUUCAAAAAGUCUCAGGCUUGGGCAGCGAGCUUGAACACGUGAGGAAAUCUGCAAACAUCGAUGCUGAUAGUUUAACAGGGACUGUUCUCAAAAUGGGCCACGCUUUGACGAAAGCUCGAGACUUUGUCAACUCAGAGAUGAAGAGUUCAGGGGAGGAAAGUGGGUUUCGUGAAGCCCUUGAAGAUUUCAUCCAAAACGCUGAAGGAAGCAUCAUGUCGAUUCUCGGGGAAGAGAAGAGGAUAAUGGCUCUGGUGAAAAGUACAGGGGACUACUUCCAUGGCAAAGCUGGAAAAGACGAAGGGUUGCGUCUGUUUGUGAUUGUGCGAGAUUUCUUGAUAAUCUUAGAUAAGUCUUGUAAGGAAGUCAGAGAAGCACAAGCAAGACCCGUAAGGAUGGCCAGAAAACAGAGCUCAACAGCUUCAGCUUCUUCUGAAACUCCAAGACAACCGCCUUCGUUAGAUCCUAGACAGAAGCUGUUUCCAGCUAUUACAGAGAGACGCAUGGAUGAGUCUAGUUCAGAUUCAGACUAAAAAAAAAAUACAAUCUUGGGUCUUGUUACUUGUUAGGACAAAUCAUCUGCGGUUUCGCUGAGAGCUUCUUAUGAUCAUUUUUCUGGUGGGAGUGGAAUGGCUUCAAACUCGCAGAGAUGUCAGGUUUUAGUCACUAAUAGUCAGAUGAACAAUCAGAAAGGAGUAAAAGCCAUGGGAGUCACACUCUUUAGCUUGUACUAACAUUGUCAUCUUUAGUUUUAGAAACACACAUCUUCAUUCCCUUAUCCUUGAAUCUUGUUGGCCAUAGAAGAGUAAUCAUUUUGUGUUUAUCUUUGUAACAUUAUUAUCAAUUGAUUUAUACAUUCAGAUUGAAUUGCAACCCGAAGCAACCCAACUUUUAAAUUCAAAAGUGCCAAGAGUUUGUUGAUGACGAGAAAGAAGCUCUAUGAAUCUCACUAAUUUGUAAAAUGUAGUUCAGAAACAUGUUUGCUAGUUUUAGUAAAAUACUUUGAUAUAUUCACACAAAGUGAAACAAGAUGGCCUAAAAACAAUAGAAGAGGCGAUUGAAAUGCAGAGAAAACAAAACGGUUCUAGCUACUUAUUAGUUAUUUGAUCUUGAAGUGAGAAACAGAAGAAGAAAGAAACGUGUUUCUAAUACAUCUUGUGUUAAAGAUCUAAUCUUCCUGUGGCUUCGAGGGUCCAGACUUCUUGGGAAGAAGGAGAUUGUGGAUGUUGGGCAUCACUCCUCCAUUGGCAAUGGUCACAUCACCAAGAAGCUUGCUUAGCUCCUCAUCGUUUCUCACGGCGAGCUGGAUGUGACGAGGAACGAUACGGGUCUUCUUGUUGUCUCUUGCUGCGUUUCCAGCGAGUUCAAGAACCUCGGCGGCCAGAUACUCGAGGACAGCGGCGAGAUAAACCGGAGCACCAGCUCCGACACGUUCGGCGUAUUUUCCGGCUUUGAGGAAUCGAGCGAUACGACCCACCGGAAAUUGAAGCCCAGCCUUGCUGCUCCGAGAUGUGGCUUUCUUCGCCGCACCGGAUCCAAGAGUUUUUCCGCGACCUGCCAUUUUCAACAACCACGGAGCUUUUCUAGCGAAAUUUUCUGGGAGAAAAAGGGAAGGAGCAAAACUGAAAAUUCUCUUGACGAAGUAACAAGGAUU